AUGACGCCGACCCGACCGUCGCGGAUAUCGUUGCUGGCCACACCCGCGCCUGUGCCCCUCGACGCGCAGAGGCACGUGUGCUACGCUGGAGCCGCGGCAACAGCACCUGCAACCGUCGUGGGCAACGCUGAGGAAGUGACCGAAGCGCGAGGCUCGUGCGCCGCACUCCAAGAUAGCGGAGAGGGCACACGUGACUUUGACUCACCAGUGGCAGCGCGCCAGCGGCAGCAGCUGGCAUUGAACGCUGAGGAGGCGUGGAGGUGGUGUGCCUCUCGCCCUGCCUCGUCGGCGUCGUCAUCCUCGUCAUCGCCUGCGCAGGAAGAAGCGCAUCCAGGCCGCGUCGUCUACGAGGAUGGGCGAGGCGGUGGUGAGGAGGCAGCCGACGGAAGUUCCGAGUUGCGCCACGCCGGCGCAGACGGAGCGUCAGAUGACGCAGAGCCGUCGUCGCCUACGGCGCUCCACCGGCCGUCGCCACCGCAGCAGCACCAGCCAGAGGUGUCACCUCUACUGCCGUCGCUGACGCCGGUGGCGACGUCGUGCGCGCAGCAGGCGAAGCCGCCGUCCACUGCCGCGUCACCAGGCCUGGAGAGCGACACACCGCCACCGCAAGUGGUCAGCCAAGGAGAAGGCACAGAUCCAGCCAAGCGGCUGUGCACCGCCGUCGCUGCUGCCUCUGGAAGAGCGACCCCGGUCGCAUCUUCGCCUUCGCCGUCGCCGGGGAUGUGGGUGCCCUGCGCGCACAGCGACCCGCCGGCGCGGUACCGCGACAUCCCCGGGUACUACUGCACCUACUGCUCCUACACUGUUUGCGUGGACUGCUUCCCUCUCACAAAGUUGCGGGAGCAGUCGCGUGUCACGAAAACCGCCGCGCCGUCCCCCGCCCCCUCGCCGGCUGCAUCCGCGUCAUCUGUGGCGGGAGAGAUGGACUGGCUGGAUGCCGUGAUCGCCUCCCCUAUGACCGCCGUGCGCAGUGGUGGGGCUGUGAACGGCGCGCACCAGGUCCAUGCCACCGCCGCCGCCUACGCAGGGGAGAGCGCUGGGGGCGGCGACAGUCACACGUCUCGGCAACGGCACCUGAAGGAGGAUACCUCGUUCUGUGGCGCACCGCUGACCGCGACAUCAUCGACGGUGGCGACGCCCCUCCGCUGUCACCUCUGCCGGCGCGGCGACCUCGUGCGUGAAGAGGCGCUCCUGCAUGAGUGGUGCUGUGAGGGCCCGGCGCCGGCGGCGCGGCGGCACAGCGGCGGCAGUCUCGUCUACGACACAGCGAAUCUGCACAAGUACCACUUCAUGCGGGCACAGCGAGAGAAGCGGCGGUCAUCGACGGAGCCGCUGCUCGCUCAAGUCCUCGCAGUCUUCCCAGCCACGUUGGGCGGGGCGGACGCCCGCGCAGACGGGUCGGCCCCACGCGUCACGCAGAGCCCCCUGAAAAACUGCCGCCGCCGCCACGGCGAUGCGUCGAGCGGCAAGAGCGCCGUUCGCGGGCGGGACCCGCUGCCGUCCGCGUCGUCCGUGCAUGGGCGGCGGCUGACGCUGUCACGGCUUGAUGCAGGAGCCAACGCAGCCGCCAGUCUGCGCGAUGGUGCAGCGCUGCCGCGCCUCGACCGCUGCGAGGAGGGCGGCAGCUACAUCUUCUCUGUAUGGAAUCCGCGGAUGGAGGUGCAGCUCGUGUGGUGCGCCGUGAAUCGCGAGGCUCGUGAAGGUGCACCCGCCUUUCACCAUCACCACGACCAGCACAGCAGCGCGGGCCACCGUGGCCGUGGCGUGCUGCCGCCCUCGGCCUCCGUCACGCCGCUCUUUAGGUGGCGCUGCCCACCCUCCUUGCCGGGGCUCCCGGCGCGGCCGUUCCGCGUGACGGUGCCCUACGGCCUGUACGCCUUCGCCAAGACGCACGCGCUGGCGCUGUACGAGGCGAGCGACAUCUUCAGAAAGGCCACCACGCAACUCACUGCCGCAGCGGGUGGCGGCGAUGGCGUACACCACGCGCAGCUGCACGCCCGGCAGCUGUCGUCCGUGAAGGUGGUGCCGGCAGCCACGCUGCGUGCGCUGCUUGUCGUACACGUGAUGCACCACGUCGCCACGACCCCAGUACCGCUGCGCCUGGGGCGUGCGCUGCGACCAUCGCUGCCGGACCCUGCAUUACAGCACCAGCACCUGAAGGAGCAGCGCCCGAUGCAGCAGGCCUCUUCUCCAAACGUAGCACACGGCGCCACGAUGCCACCGUCGGCGUCGCGCAAGCGGGCUCGGGUGGAUGGAGAUGGCGUGGAAGGGGGCGCGGAGGCCUCGGCUCUGCCGCCCACCGCUGACCUGCAGUGGCCCCAUGGUCUUGCCUCGCCGGAGCUGGCACUCUGCGUGGAUCACCUGCUGCACGGCCGCUCCGUCGCGGUGUACGGCAUCGGCUCGAAGUAUUACUUUCUUCACCACGUGGCGCAGAGCGCGGAGCUGAAGCACUUUCAUAUUGUCACGGUGGACGCUAGCCUCGGUCGCGGCGACGGUGACGUCGACAACGGCGAUCCGCACGGCGGUGGUCAGCGUGGGCGGCGCUCCGGUGGUGGCAGCGGCACGAGCGCAUCGGGUGGCGUUGCCGCCGCCCUUUCUGUUCUGCGUCAGCUGAUCAUCCUUGGCAGCACGCUCGUGAGGCGCGCUCACUCCACCGCGCGCAAGACGGAGCUGCAGCUGCGGGGGCGCGACGCCAUGCCGCCGCGGCGGCCAGCGCGCCAGCAGGAUGCGCAUGAACGUGAGCCGGAGAGGCCUGGUGCUGCCGCUGAAGCGGAUGCGUAUCCUGCAGCACGGGCGGCACUCGCCGGGGAAGAAGCCCGCUCGCCAGCCGUGGCGCGUGACGUCACGUCCGCCAUGCAGUGCGCGGUGACCGCGUCACGGACAGCGAUCACGCCUGUGGAUGUGGUGGACGUUGACGACGCCUGGAGCAGCAGCGACGACCAGUGUAAUGAGGAGCUUGUCGCUUCGGGCAAGUCGCGCGACCCGCUCCGUAGCGCUGAACGCGUCGCUGUCAUGCCGACUCGUGACACCGUGCACGAGGUGGGGCGGUCCCCGGCGGCGAGGUCGACGCUGGCAACAGUACCAGCAACGACGGGGCUGACGAGCACGCCGUCCUCGCAGCGCGGCACGCAGCUUGGCGGUCCGGGUGCGUCAUCGUCUGCGACGCCCUCGCUGCCACUGAUGUCUCCUGUGCCCGCCUUCUUCGAAGUGUUGCAGCGCACCGUCACCGGUUCGCUGGAGAACGACGGCGCCGCUGACGCCGCCCCGACUCGUGGCGCGUGCGUAGAGCUGCCCGAGUGCGCUGGCCAUCUCUACUCGCCGAGGCUGCCUCCUCUGCCCGUCACAGCCCCCUCGCAUCGAGGCGGCGUGGCGUCAGAGGUGACGUGGCGGGCCCCGGUCGUGCGCCUUGCUAGCGACGCCGUCCGUCAGCUGGUGCUGAAGUCUGUGCGGCGCGGCCAGGCGAGCCGCCGCUGUGUGCAGUGGGUGUCCUUGCCAUCCACGACGGCGUUGGCCGUGCUAGCCGAGCAGGCACCGUUCACGGCGACGCCAGGGCCAACUGCGCCUCCUCGUCUACACCUGUCGGAUGCCCAUCAGCUGCGUCCUGGCUGGUCACCGCCGGUGUUGCUCGUGCUGCACAACGUCGACUUGCUGGACACGGAGGAAGCGGGCCUCCUCCUGCAGUUAUGCGCCGAGUUCGCCCACCCCCGCCCACACCUGCAGCUGCUGGUCUCCUUCGACGACCCGCGAUGGCCUCUGACGCCGCUGGCCGGCGCCCUCACGCAGAUGGGCGUGUGCGCGGUACAGCUACGCAGUCUCCUGCUGCCGCGCGUGCAUGAGAUGCAGCACGUGAGCAGCCUACGCCUUCUCACGGACUCGGAGGCCAUGGCAGCCGGCGGUGCGGGUUCGCUGGGAUUGAAGGCGAUGGGGCAUGGCGCGUCGAGAGCUACUGGCGCUGGCGGCCUUGCAAGCGCCGGCAGCAUCAGCGGUGCUGGUGGCGGCUCGCACCUUCUGCAUGAUACGAUGCGUCGCGUGCUUUUCAGCUUGCCGCCAGCCUUCAGCGGCCUCCUGCGCAUCCUCAUCGACCUGCAGGAGGAGGUGGGCGAGGGCCAGAGAGUAUCCGUGUUCGUCGCGAAGGACAGGUUCGAGCAGCAUGGCAUCAUGGUGUCCCAGGGACGGCUGAAGGCGCUGCUGCAGGAGCUCACGUCGAACCGGAUCGCGCAGUACGACAUGGCCGAGCACGCGCUGACGGUGCUGCAGCCUCGAAAGCUGAGCAAGGUGCUGGAAGAGGUUGCGGCGCAGCGAGAUGGCGCCGCUGCCGCUGCAGCUGCGACGGUAUCUUCCGGGCCAUCCGCCUUUCGCGCCAGCUGA